AUGCCGGUUACGAGGACCAGAAACCCUCGUUCGGUGACGAACGAAAACGACGAGAAUAGCAAUGCCACAGCCCGCGUGACUCGGGCUAAAUCUGCCGCGUCUCAGACGUUCGACGAACUCUCUAUGCCUACCAAGGCCCUUCAGACCAAGAAGACUGCUGUCAACGCCAACCCGGCUGCGAGGAAGCGUGCCGCCCUCGGCGACGUCAGCAAUGUGACCAAAGUUGAAGCUGCAGAGACCAAGAAGUCAAUUGGCAGGACCAACCUGGUGUCGAAGGCCGCGCAGCCCACCGGAAUCCAGAAGAAGAGCACGACCACGUCACGGGCUUCCUUGACCAAAGAAGCUAAUAAGAAGGCUGAGGCCCCUAAGCGUUCCGGCCCUGGCUCCAUUGUCGCAAACAAGCGCAAGAACGUCAUUACUGCUUCUAACACCGUCACCAAGGAGGAGACCUCGGUCGAGGGCGAGCCCAUUCGCAAAAAGCUGCACACGCUGGAGGUGGAAAGCAAGAAGAUCAAAUCCAAAGUGAGCCAGGAAAGCCAUGAAUUUGAGGAGGCCGCGCCAUCGCCGCCCGUUCUUGUCGCCGAACCCGAGACGCGCGCCUCGACUCACCCUGCCGUCAGGGCUCUUGACGACGAAGACCUGGACGACCCGCUCAUGGUGGCCGAAUAUGCCAACGAUAUCUUCGAGUACCUCCGCGACCUCGAGUGCAACUCGCUUCCUAACCCUCAGUACAUUUCACACCAAGACGACGUUGAGUGGAAGACACGCGGCAUUUUGAUUGACUGGCUAGUCGAGGUUCAUCUCCGCUUCCAGCUCCUCCCCGAGACCAUGUUCCUCGCCGUCAACAUCAUUGAUCGCUUCCUGUCCGAAAAGGUUGUUCAGCUCGACCGUCUUCAGCUCGUCGGUAUUACCGCUAUGUUCAUUGCUUCCAAGUACGAGGAGGUCCUCUCCCCCCACAUUGCCAACUUUCGCCACAUCGCCGACGAUGGUUUCACCGAGGCCGAGAUUCUGAGCGCCGAGCGAUUUGUUCUCGCCACCCUCGACUAUGACCUCAGCUACCCCAACCCCAUGAACUUCCUCCGCCGCAUCUCUAAGGCCGACAACUACGACAUCCAGUCCCGGACCAUCGGAAAGUAUCUUAUGGAGAUCAGUCUUUUGGACCACCGCCUCAUGGCCUACCGCCCGAGCCACAUUGCCGCUGCUGCUAUGUACUUGUCACGGCUGAUUCUCGACCGCGGUGACUGGGAUGAGGUUCUGGAGCACUAUGCUGGAUACACAGAGGACGAGAUUCUGCCCGUUGUCACUUUGAUGAUUGACUACAUGGCCCGCCCCGUUAUCCAUGAGGCUUUCUUCAAGAAGUAUGCUAGCAAGAGGUUCUUGAAAGCAUCCAUCCUCACCCGCCAGUGGUCCAAGAAGAACGCCCAUCUGUACGGCAUCAACGAUAUCGAUCUCGCCCUUGACGAGAUCUCAUAG